GGGAUUAUAUUACUACAAAUCAAACAAUGAUAUGUUUGAUAAAAUUGGAAGUGUUUGUUUUCCAGUACUUCGAUUGUUAAGCUAUAAUAAUGCUCUAAAAUCAAGACAUGACCUAAGAAGAUUAGGCAUAUUUCUUGUAUUGAUAAAGAAAUCUCUCAACUUAAAAUAUUUUCUAUUAAAUAUAAUAGGUAGAUCUUAUUUAGAUGAUGUAUUAAACAAAGCAAGAUAUAUGCUAAAUGACAAAGAUGUUUGGAAGAGAUUUAAGACUUUGAAUGUCUUGCAAUUAAAGAAUUGUAUUUUUAUAAAAAGAUUUCCAAAGUCAUUUUUUGAGAUGGCUACACUAUUAGAACUUGAUUUAGAAGGGUGUUCAAAUUUGGAGAUGUUACCAAAUACAAUUAAGCAUUUGAAAUCAUUGAAAAAACUCAAUUUGAUAGAUUGUGAGAGCUUAAGAAUAUUGCCAAUGUCAAUAAAAAGUUUGAAUUCUUUAGAAAACCUAAAUAUGAAAGGUUGUUAUAGCUUGAUAUCGUUGCCAAAUGAAUUGGGCAACCUCACAUCUUUGACUACCUUAGACAUAUCAUAUUGUUUAAGCUUGACAUCAUUGCCAAAUGAAUUGGGCAACCUCACAUCUUUGACUACCUUAGAUAUAUCAUAUUGCUCAAGCUUGACAUUAUUGCCAAAUGAAUUGGGCAACCUCACAUCAUUGACUGCUUUAUAUGUAAAUGAUUGCUCAAGCUUGACAUCAUUGCCGAAUGAUUUGGGCAACCUUACAUCUUUGAUUACCUUGGACUUAAGUGAUUGCAAAAGAUUGACAUCAUUGCCAAAUGAAUUGGGUAACCUCAAAGCUUUGACUACCUUAGACUUAAGUGAUUGCAAAAGAUUGACGUCAUUGCCAAAUGAAUUAGACAACCUCACAUCUUUGACUACCUUAGAUAUAAGUGAUUGUUCAAGCUUGACAUUAUUGCCAAAUAAAUUAGGCAUUCUCACAUCUUUGACUACCUUGAAUAUGAGAAGAUGCAGAAGCUUGAUAUCAUUGCCAAAUGAAUUUGGCAACCUCACAUCUUUGACUAUCUUAGAUAUAUCAUAUUGCUCAAGCUCAACAUCAUUGCCAAAUGAAUUGGGCAACCUCAUAUCUUUGACUACCUUAAAUAUAUCAUACUACCCAAGCUUGAUAUUAUUGCCAAAUGAUAUAGGUAACUUCACAACUUUGACUACUUUAAAUAUAUCAUAUUGCUCAAGCUUGACAUUAUUACCAAAUGAAUUGGGUAACCUUACAUCUUUGACUAUCUUAGACACAACUAAUUUUUCAAGUUUAAUAUCAUUGGUAAACAAAUUGGACAACCUCGCAUUUUUGACAACCUUGUGUAUAACUAAUUGGUCAAGUAUAACAUCAUUAUCAAACGAAUUAGGCAACCUCACAUCUUUGACUACUUUGUAUAUAACUAAUUGCUCAAGCUUAACAUCUUUGCCAAAUGAAUUAGGCAACCUCACAUCUUUGACUACCUUAUAUAUAAGUAAUUGCUCAAACUUAACAUUAUUACCAAAUGAAUUGGGCAACCUCACAUCUUUGACUACAUUAGACAUAAGUAAUUGCUCAAGCUUGAUAUCAUUGCCAAAUGAAUUGGAUAACCUCACAUCUUUAACUGCCUUGUAUAUAAUUGAUUGUUCAAGCUUGACAUCAUUGCCAAAUGAAUUAGACAACCUCACAUCUUUGACUUCCUUUUAUAUAUGUGAUUACUCAAACUUAAUAUUAUUAUCAAAUGAAUUGAGUAACUUCACAUCUUUGACUAUCUUAGAUAUAUCAUACUGCUCAAGCUUUACAUUAUUGCCAAAAAAAUUGGGCAACCUUAUAUCUUUGACUACCCUAGACAUAUCAUACUAUUCAAGCUUAACAUCAUUGCCUAAUAAAUUGAGCAACCUCAUAUCUUUCACUAUCUUUAAUUUAAGUGAUUGAUCAAGCUUAUAUUAUUAUAAUUAUAUAUUUAUAUUUAACAUGUCUAAAACAUGUCUAACUUAUAAGAUUAAUGUUCAAUUUACAAAGGAAGUUUUUUCUAUGUGCACUAUAUGUUCAAUUUGUACCACAAGUAGUCAAUAUGUGUGACAUGUGAUUAAUAUAUUGGCCAAAUUUUUAACCUAUCAGUCACCUAUAGACACAUAUAAAAGCAACUCUAUGUCUAUAUAGCUUCAAAAAAAAACUCUUCCACAA